AUGGCUUCUUUACCUGAUCUUGAUCUUGGCGGCGGGCUUGUUGAAAUAGCAGCUUUGACAGCGCUCAUCGGUUCGACGACCGCAGAGUCCUUGGUGCUGGGAACCAGAGGCUCCGCCGGCAUGCCAUGGGCGGCAUUGAGCAACUUCGGCUCGGUUUUCUUAAUCAAGGCGUGCAUUGCCGCCUCAACGCCUGGAUGGUUACGGGAUACCAUGGGCGUCAGGAAUGCCAGAUCUGACGCGGCUAUUGGACUGAGUCUGGAUCUCAACCGGAAUCACAAGGGCAGGAAGCCUCUUGGUGAAGCAACAGGUGUCUCUGUGCUCAGCCGUGAAGUCUCCGGUCAAGGUGACGCCCGAUAUGAGAUUGAGACGCUGGAAGAUGUUCACGCAUUCGACGACUACACUUCUGCACCGUUGCGAGCUUGCGUAACAUCAGAGCCAAACAGCUCUCUCCAGGCGUACGCCAUUGCCGCGUCUUCAAUCAAGUUAACAGAAGUCUACGUGCUGUGGCAUUAUGGCGCCCACAGGCUCUGUUGGAUCACGGCCGUCAACUGGAUCUACUUCGUCAUCGCAGCUGUAAUCAUCCAGAUCAUCGGAGUUGCCCGAGAAUACAACGUUGAGUCCAGGCACAUCAGGCGCCUCGAUAUCCUAGCCGGAAAUUUACCGACUCCCCAGAUUCCAGGAGAAGAGCGGAAAGUCCUGCUCGGGGUACCAAUGAAUGUCAGGAAAAGUCUCGCUUGGCGUCUGACCUGGGCAUUUGGCAGUAUUGUGUGCGCGGCCUCACUGGUCGCGACCUAUACCGUGCUUUCGAAGGAGCCGCGGAGUUGUCUGCACAUCUGGCUCGCAUUCCAAGCAGGCUGGCUUGUGCUUCGUUCUGUCUUUUACCACUUCGCAGUGGAGACGGACGACGUCAAGCACUCUGUUGUCCCAAUCGUGUCAGACAAGGGCGUGUCGCAGCACCACGUGGCUCGACUUUUGGCACUUGCCUCCGCGCUUUCAAAGUACCAGACACUUGCGCAUCCGCGAGGCCCAUACUGCUACAGCGAGGACACACAGGCGCCAGCGGACAUUCUAGAACUCUUCAAGGACGCCAAUCAUGAGUUGCAGCAGAAUUAUCUACCAUCUGCAGUAAUCAACAGUAGUCAAGACGUAACCAUCGACAACCUCGCCGUGAUCGGCGAUACAGUAUUAUCCAGCAUAACCUGGUUGCAAGGGCAUCCACUAAUCGGCAUGGACCUUUACGACUCUUGGAUCGUAGCUCUGAGCUGUUGCGGACGAAUACUGUUGGUGCCAUCAGCCCGAGUCCUGUCAGGGCCGCCGAAAGACGCCGCGCCGAAAGAUAUUGAGACCAGCGUCGCACCAAACUUCGCGCCUCGAGGCGGCUCAAACGACGGUGUUAAUAUCUCUUGGGUCUAUUGGAUCCCUUGUACAGAAGACAGAUGGCUGUACUUCCGCACGUACAAGACGCAAGUCAGGGGCGUGAGGAAAGCGACACUUCUUACCGGCCAGCAGGUGACCUCGAAGCUGGCGGUAGGCGACCUCUACGUCAGCUUGACUAGCAUUGUUGAUGUAGAGGAUAUUGUGCUGAAGUCUAGGACUGCUGCUAAAGUUCUACACAACAUGCUUGCGUGA